AUGGCCAUGGAAGAUGGUGAUUCCAUUUCGACCUGGAGUCGACUCGAGAAUCCCGCCAGCUUUGGACCGGAUAUGAUCGUCGACACGGUUACAAGCCCGCAGACGCCCCUUUUUGGUGCAGACAGACCUAUCACCAGAAGCCCUCUAAUAAACACAACGCAUGAGCAGAGUCCUGGACCCUCAAACGAUGCCGCAUGCCGUGGUCGCGAUUCACUGGGCUGUCUCCCGCGAAAUAUAAUUGAGAGGAUUUUGUAUAUCGUAGACGCAAAUUCAUUCGCCUCUCUUGCACUUUUAAAUAGUAAAUGGCGGAGCGUCUCAGAUUUGCCAGAACUUUAUCGCUAUCAUCUAGAUGGUUGUGUCAGAACCGUCUUACUCAACAAAGAUGACGUCCUCCGUCCCUGGGCAUCGGAGGAUCUUUGGCACCUGAAACGAAGAUUCGCUCGUGAAGCCAGGAGGAAUCUAUUUGAAUCUUUUCUUGGAGCGCAGAAGACUGUUGUCAAUCUCAUUUCGGCUUCGGCAAGCUCAGCAUCAGCAUUUCCCCAAGGAGAAGCGUUUCGAUUUACCUUCUCGGCCAAUGGACGGCAACUCUUAGCCCUAAGUUCGUCCAGAAUUUUCGUCGUUGAUUUAGCCACUAGUCCAAUAUCAGUUUCAUACGAAUUGAAGACUUUGCGACGGCCGCACACGGCUACAAUAGUAGAUGACGCAAGCCUACUGGCGGUUGUUUCCACGACGCAUCAAGCGAACAUUUACCGCCUGGUAAAUAGAGAUGUAAAGUUAAUUCAGUCUAUUUCGUUGGAUGAAGUUCCUCGUACCAUUUCGUUCUCCCCAGAAGGAACGGUUUUAGCAUUUGCGUAUGAUGGAGGUAUUGAAGUCCAUGCUUUGGGGGAGAACGCACUGGCGACUGACCGCAGGGCUGUACGGUGUUUUGCUACGGAUAUGCUAUCCUUCUCGCGGGAUGGUUUGAUGUUAGUAGGUUCGUCCAAUGAUCCACUUGAAGCCAGAAUGGUUUCCAUUUCACCGCCUCUUUAUAUGGACCUGGAAUCAGAGUUGCCUUCCCCCGAGUUUCAAUCCCGAAUGUGGGCAACACAGAUACUAUCUCCGGACAUUACCAUUGGUUACAACAACAUGACCCUCGUUCCUUCUAAAGCUGCUGAUGCAGGCGUCACUUGGAUCGUUGGAUAUGACUCCCAGUUGCAAGUCUUUAGGCUCGGUCAGCUUGAUGAUACCCGGGCUGGGUUUACCUAUUUUGUUGGCCCUGGAGGAGAUGGUGAAAUAAAAGAGCCAGGCCCAAGCUCUGAGCCAACAGCAAGCUCUAAUGGUGAACUACUGGCCUUAGGUUUCCAAGGUUCUGGAAUUUGGCUUUAUGGAAUUCCGGACGUGUCUGGUUGUCCCUCAGCAUCAUACAUGGUCCUGGAACGCAGCUGGGGUUCUAUGUUAGCGCGUACGAAUUCUCAAAGGCUCAACAAAGUGAUUAAACCCCCUAGCCACUUGGUUCACGGGAGAUUGUUGUCAUCCAUAACUGAUAUUACAGCCAUAAAAUGGGUCAACACUAAUCUGAAAACCACUGGAAAUCAAGGUCUUCAGAGACUAGUGGCUGUAGCUCCCGGCGGCGUUAGGUCUCAUUUUGGGGAGGUGGUUGGCGAUCAUCUGCCAGUCGAUGGUGGCAGGAUUGUGGUUUUUGAUUUCGCGCGUUCUUCAGCUGAUGGAAAGGCAGUUGAUAUCACAAUCGAGGUGGGAGAGGCAGAGCCCACACCUUUACACGAACGGGGUUCAACCCUCGACGUUGAGGUUGAGCUGGAGAGGAGAAGGACACGAGUCAAUCGAUGCGGCGGACUAGGGAGGAAUCGCAAUACUGUCAUUGAACGUUCCAUGGCGCUAUCAAGGCACCGCGCUAGUAUUGGAAGUGCAAACAUUGAGCCUGUUGUUCCAGAGAGAACUCAUCGAAAUAGCGUUUCCCAGCCUGGCUCCCCCACAGAUUCCAUCCUAGUUGUGGAUCUCCAGGCAGUUGAAAAUCCCUAUUCUAAUACCCAGCCUCGAUCCCAAGACAUUCUCAGUCGAGCUGCUACUGCAGCAGCAGCUGAUCGGGGCCGGAGUCGCUUCCAAAAUCCCCGCUACCAGCAAUCGAUGGGUUCAGGUAAUCGUAGACAAUUUGCACCUCAUGAAAGUGAUGCAGAUAACUGGGUUCCUCCGCCACCGCCAUAUACCCCCAAUGCGGACGAGCCGCUACCAGAACAUAUGCAAAGAUUUUUGCUUCCCUCAGCGACCAAGCCUAUCCCUGGGGUGGCCCAAGAAUUUUCUCCACAGCACCGAUGGGCACAAACAUCUCGAUUCGAAUCGAUGACACAGAAUGCCAUGGAACGGACUACGUCAACCAUGGAUCGUAUUAUUGUCCCUAGGGCGAGGUUGAGAAAGUCCCCGGAUACUCUAGGUGCAGGUGACCUAGCCAGAGACAAUGCUACCUCCCGCCACUCUCCUAGAAGCAGAAGAACAGUCUCUGAUGGGAUAUCUCGGAUUAUUUCUUUGCGGGAAAGUCGGGUUGGCCCCCAUCAUGUUCAACCUGGAGGAAGGCCUGGGUGUACAACACCCGGUCCAACUCGUGCAGAAAACUCAGAGUCAUACUAUUUGUCAGGUCCUCCCCAACGACUUGUGAUAAAUACGCAGAUUCAGGCACCCUCGAUGGAUCGGACCCCAUCAGGAUUUACCAAUGCAUCGUCCGUAGAAACUUGGUCAGCAAGACCGUCAAUCCUUCCUGGAUCUGCGUUACAAGAACGACCCGAGAAUCUUAUUUCCCCGACGGUUGCAGAAUAUUCUCAGUCUGACUCUACGCUAUCUCGAGUGAUUGGCAGGAACGGACCUAUUCAUCAUUUGGACAUAGAUCGUAAUAAGUUAUCCCCAUCUUUCCAUACCGUCUUGCAGGGAGGAAUACGAAUGGGAAACAGUGGAUUUUCCACCAUGACUCAGGAUUCCAUCGAUGAAAGUGUCCAAACAACGGCAAGCAACCCGAAUCUCAGUUACACAACACAUGAACGCCCUGACAAUUUAAGAACACCCCGACUAAAUGCGAGGAACACUGAAAGCUCUUCGCGCCAUAGUGCUCCUCCAAAAUUUUCUCCUGUUCUAACCAAGCCACACGCUUUAUCCACUCCUCACUUACACUUACAGUCUCAUGGGCCUCGCCGUAUGGAGGAAAUUUUCAACAUCAGCUCAAAUCCGGAGUCGCAGCGAUCUAGACCAAGAUCGCAAGACGUUCCUCGGCAUAAACCAAUGACUGGUGGCGCCUUCUUUGACGUACGCUCAGGGCGAGUUCUUUCAAGUUCUCAAUCCGAUGCAGGGGUAGGACAUCGUGCGAGGACGGAAGAGCUGAGAGAAAGGAUGAUAGAUUGGAGCCAGCUUGAGAGAGAGAGAAAGAAGAAGAAAGAUGCUAGGUGUACAAUUAUGUAA